AUGGCGAGUAAGUUUGAGGAUGCUUCUUCUCCCAGGUAUACACUAAUGGCGAACCUCUCUAGAAUCCAAGAACUCGUCCCAGCACAACCAGUCGAAGAAGGCUCACCUAUCAAGAAGCCAAAGACCUCCAGAUACCCUUCCCUCAAGGGUACCGACCCCAAGUUCAGAAGAAACCACAAGCAUGCCCUGCACGGAACAAUGAAGGCACUGAAGGCGGCCAGGGAGGAAUCUGCAUAAAGUGGUGUUAGGUCUCUCGGGGAACAGGGCGUGGUAGAUUUUGAUGAGGGCUUGUGGGCUGCGGUCUGCCAGUUGUAUCCGGACUGUUAUAAUGCGCAAAUCGGCGAAAUAGCUCGGGGGCACAGAAUUGAACACGAUCCAAAU